AUGAAUAUUGAAAAAUUGACAGCAGAUUUAAAUGAUAUAGAAAAUGAGUUUAAUGAAGAAAAUAAAGGUGGAGAUUUUUUAUGUUUAAAUAUGUUUAAACUUGAUAAUUGUACAAUGCCUUAUGAAAACGUUAUUAAUUAUUUUUCAAUUUUUAACAUAAAAAAUGAGUAUAAAAAAACUGAAAUUAAUGCAGAAAAAAUACAAAUUAGUAUCUUAAAUAAUUUAAUUUUUUUACUAAAUCUAAAAAAAAAGUUUUAUGAUGAGGAAAUACUAAAAAUCAUUUUAGAAUGCAUAAAUGUCAGCUUUAAAAAUAAAAAUGAGACAAUAGAAAAUGCUUCAGAAGAAAAAUCAUUACUUAUAUAUAAACAGCAUUUAUUAAAAAAUAAAUAUUUAUUUUUAAAAAUUUUAAGAAAAAUAAAAAGCAAAAAUUAUUAUCCUGAUAUAAAACAGUGUAUUAAAGAUGUUACAAGAGACGUAUUUUCAUUUAAUAUGAGUGUAUAUAAUGGUAGUUUGGGUUUUGAAACUAUUUUAUUCUUAUUAUAUAAGUUACUAAAUAAAAAUCUAAAGAAUGACAUAAGAAAUUUCUUAUUAAGUUUCUUCCUAUUAAGCAUAAUGAGUAGAACUAAUAAUAGUGUUGAUAUUUUAUAUAUAUUAGAAUACUUUUAUAAAAAUAAUAAUUUUUCUCUUAUUAUUCCAAAUACUUCAUAUCUUACACCUUGUGAGGUAAGUAUAUAUAACAAUAUUAUUAUUUUGAAAACUAAUGUAAAGUAUUUUAUCAAUUUAAUAGAUCAAACUAAUUUAUCUUAUAAUUGCCAUAACAUCAUUUACAUUGAUGAAAAUUUAAUUAGUGAUAACUUUUAUCUUUAUAUCUAUAAAACUUUAUUAAAACAAAAAAAAUAUCAUUACAUUUUUAAUAAUAAAACAUUUGAAAAUUUAGAUUUCUUUAAUAUCAAUAUGAAUUAUAGUAAGUUGAAGGGCUCAAAUAUAAAUUGUGAAGAAAAUUUAAAUGUUAAAAUAAAAAAAGAAAAUACGAUAAAUGUGGAACAUAUUUCUGAUCAAAAGGAACAUAAUUUAAUUAAUAAAGAAAAUAUAAAUGAAAAAAUAAAAAAUGGAGCAAUUAUUGAAUUUCCAACUGAAGAUAUAGAAAUUUUCUCAGAUUCCACAUAUAGUGUUAGUGACAAUGAAUUUGAUAUAAAAAAAAUAAAUGAACAAAACAGUUAUUAUUUAAAUAUUGAUAAUAAUUCAAAUAAAAAAAAAAAAAAUUACUUUUAUCAAUAUUUAAUUAUUGAAUUAAAUCAAUAA